AUUCAGCCAGAGACAGAUCGAUCAUGCACUGUGUAGUUUAAAAGGGAUAGUUCACCCAAAAAUGUAAAUUGACCCUCAGGUUGUUCCAAACCUGCAUGAAUUUCUUUACAUUUUGAAAGAAUGUCUGUAACCAAGCAGUCAGAUCUCAUCCCCCAUUUGUUUCCAUAGUAGGAAAAAUAAAUACUAUGGGAGUCAUGGGGAUAGAUAUUUUUGGUUACUGACAUACUUCCAAAUAUCUUCCUUUGUGUUUGUCAGAACAAAUAAAUCUAUGUUUGGAACAACCUGAUGUUGAGUAAACGAUGACAGAUUUUUGUGAACUACCCUUACAGAAGAGAACCUAUCGUUUACUGUCUCUUUAAAUGAGGCGUAAAUAUUCGCGUUUGGUUCAAAAAUCAAACUGUCUAGCUCCGCCCACUCUGCGAAGGUUUCGUUUCUUCUAUCGUUCGUCCGGUUGCCGUAUACACAAGAACACCAAAUUUAAAGAUGGGAGCGUCUAAUGAGAAGCCAGUCAAAUGUCCUCUGUGUCAUGAGGAAUGUCGGAACCAGCUGACGCUGACGUGCAAACAUAGUUUUUGUCAGAGAUGUAUCGGAGAGAUAUGGAGCGUAUGUCCUACUGGACCUUACUAUUGCCCCGAGUGUAAGUACGAAUACAAGCACCUACCCGACUAUACGGACGGAGCCUCGACGUCUACUGCCACCCCCAACGCAAAUUGGACACUUGGAAGAAAUAUCUCUGCACGAUACUCCCCUAAAACGGUGUCUAAGACAUUGCUUGGGAAGAGAAAAUCCAGUUCAGCGUUUCCUGAAAAGUACGAUGGCAGAUACAGACUGAUACCAUCUAAUAAAACCAAGGCCACUGGCUCAGAUGUGAUUAACGUCAUAGAGUCUGAUGAUGAUGCUACACCAAGCAAAAGAAGAGCUACGGCAGAUGAACAUCCACGUGGAAAUCAGUCUUCAUCACCUGUUAAUAGGAAGAAAUCCAUGAGUGAUACAUCAACUCAGUGCACACCUGCAGAAACAAUUAAGAUCACACCGCCUCAUGUUAAAUCAAUUCCAGAGGGGAACUCGUCUUCAGUAAGGAUGGACCAGCCUGUCGUGGCUUCCUGUAGUGAUGAAGGGACACCCAGGAAAAGCACCACACCUCGAGAGCCACCAACCCCAAAAGACACCUCGGGAGAGCAGACAAGAGUCAGCACCUCCAACAGUGAUGAGAAUCUGUCUGCCAAUGUUUCCGAUAGAUCAAUAGAGAGGACCCCCAGGAUCAACUCUGUCCCCUGCCAUUACUGUCCCAGUUCAGAUCAGAAAGUGGCAGUAAAGACCUGCCUGGUGUGCGGGGCCUCCAUGUGCUCCGAGCACCUGAAGGCACACCUGGAAAAGCCGGUGUUUAAGAAUCACCCGCUCGUGAACGCUGUGGAAGACGUAUCGCUCUGGAGAUGCCAAGAUCAUGAGGAGAUGAACCGCAUCUACUGUCGAAUGUGCAGAGUCUGUGUGUGUACCGUGUGUUCAUUGGUUGGAGCACACAAGGGGCAUGAGUGCAUCAGCAUCCGAGAGGCGGAGCAAGAGCUCAGGGGAUCACUAAACGAGGAGAUGACAAAAAUGCAGAAAACAGAAAAGUCCAUUCAGGAAAAGGUCUCUGAGAUCAAUGAGAGGAAACACUCUGUCAAGACGGGUCUUGAGGAAGUGCGGACAGCUGUGUUGCAGCAGUAUCAGGCCAUGCGGGAGGCUCUGCAGCAGGAAGAGGAGCAGGCGUUACGCUGUAUGGACCAGGAGGAGAACAGAGUGCUGGGCAGCAUUAAAGAUCAGCUGGAAACGUUGCAAAAUGCCCUGAUGUCUAGCGGAGACAUAAUAAACACACUACAGGCAUUGAGUGAUGCACAAGGGAUGUCACAGUACCAGGACCAAGCUUUUAUAAUGGAAUACACCAAAAUAGGAGCACAACUGGGUGGAUUGUCUGACCCUGUGCAGAACCUUAAUCCUCUUCAGGAGGUAAAUCAAGGUCGACUGGACUGUCUUCAGGACUGGACUGAGCGGAGACUGGACACUGUGCUCAUUACACUGCCACACAGAGAUCCUUACAGACUGUUGCAUGGCAUAAGCCCGUCUCUGGAUCCUGAUACUGCCCAUCCAAAGCUGCUGCUGUCUGAUGAUAACAGGACGGUGCAGUAUACAGAGACCCAACAGGACUACACUGACCAGGAGACUCGCUUCAAUAUAUUCCCUCAGAUUCUAAGCUCUCAUGCUCUAAAUGAGGGCUGCUACUACUGGGAGAUGGAGGUUCCAAUGGAUGAGGGCCGGUGGAAGGUGGGAGUCUGUGAUGGACAUAUAGGCAGAAAAGGGCAAAAGGAUGCCUGUCGCAUUGGGUUCUACCCCAAUUCUUGGUGUUUGAUGUAUGAGAAAGGAAAAGUAGAGGUGCUGCAUGAUAAAGUGGCUUCGCCUGUGUGUGCCACUGGACUCUGGAAGGUUGGCAUGCUGCUGGAUUUUAAUGAAGGUCGGUUGUCUUUUUAUAGCGUGGCUGAGGAAGGAGCUUUGUCUUUACUGUACAGUUUCGAACAUUCGUUUACGGAGCCGAUGUAUCUGGCGCUGGCAGUUUCUAAAACACAGCUCCGCAUCUGUGAUGUAUUUACCAAGCCCACUAUAGACUAGAAAAUUAUAUUUACAAUAUUAAGCAACACAACCUACUGUUACAUUCCAUUAGAUGUAAUUUGAAUAGUCCUGAAUACUAAACAGGUCUUGGAGAAAACAAGUGUUUAUUUUUUUACCUUGGUCAAUAUUUUCAGAAUCGCAUUUAAAUACUUGCAUAUCUGAAUGGUUUUAAAUGCUAAUCUUUUUCAUCUGGAAUUUGAAAUAGUCAAAAAAAUCUUGCCCAGGAUUUGAACUGUAUUUUUAAGUAAAACAUUUGUAAUUACUUUUAUAGAUUAUUUUUAUAAACUGUCUUAAUUUUUCUUGUUUUCUCAGUUUAGUAAAGUAUAAAGUAUUGCACAGUUUACAAUUUAAAUAAAACAGAAGCCAGGACAAAUAAUAAUUCAGUAAUUUAAUAAUUUACAACAGGCUAUAUAUAUAAAGCAGAGCAGCAGAGUUUUUUAUUAAAUCUUAAACAUUAAGUUAAGUCAGAAAUAUGAUUCAUUCCAUCACCCAGAAUUCAUUUUUGUGCCAGUAUCUCCACACUCAAUAUACUUCCGUAUUUUUUUGUAUUAUCUUUCAAAUUCUACAAAUGUUUCCAGCCGUUACUCUGUCCUAUGUGUAUUUCAUUUCAACCCUAGAUGGCAGUAUUGCUUAAUAUGAAAUAGACUUGUACUGGUACUUGUUUUUGAUGGUUAUUAUUUGUUAUGCAAAAACAAAGCGAAAUAUAAAAACCAUGCAGCACUUAUGUAAUUAAAUUCAAAUUCUUCUGGUUUACAGGUGAUGCACAAAUGUGCAUCUUCACAAUAAUGUUGUAUCGCAGCAAACCAUCCAACUCAUGUUUUACCUUUGAGAUAUUUCUUGGUAAAACCCCUUGGUUUUCUCUUUUUUUGUAUGUUUGUACAUAAUAAUGAGGCCUUUUAUUUUCAUUUAUUCCACAAGAGACAGAGACAAUAUAGUGGGCGAAUCAGGUGUAAGACAAUAAUGAGUCAUAUGUUCCAAGAAUUGUUAUCUGUACCGUAAUACAAUCAAAUCCAUUUCAGAACCAUUCAGGUUUACAAGUUAAUGAAAAAGAAGUCUUGUGCAAAGAAAAGGAAAUGCACUUAUAAACAGAUUCAGACUAUUAUUAUUCAUGAAUAUGUCAAGUCUUGUAAAUAUAAAUAACUUAAUCCUCAAAAUAUGCCCCAGACAUGUUCACAACAGGCAUUUCAUUUCCCUGUUUCACUUUCCUUUUAUAGUUGCUUUCCAUAAACAGAUAUCCAUGUUCUCCACCUCCACAUUUUUGGUAUAACGUCUCUCUAUACAGGCAAACUAGGUGCACUGCCAUGGCAACAAACCUAAGCCCUGAGCCAGGCUCUGUCUUGAGUGGAGCAGACGCUUCAUCAGGGGUCACUUUGCUUACAGCUGCUUGUGCACUACUGCCUGAGAAACAGGUGCAAAGCUGUUCUGUCACUUUACCGUAACCGUCAGAAUAAUCUGAUCUGACUGCACACUUAUGGUUUCCCAGUUUGAAUUUGUAUAGUUUAAAACAGCUGAGACUUGUUAAUCUCCCUAUGUCUUUUUAUGAGAGUUUACUGCCUUUUCAAAAAGAAGCACAUGUAUCCGAGAAUCACAAUCUGUGGUGCUGGAAGCUUCUGUCAAGGUUUGGGACAUUUUUUUGUCUCCUUCCUUCCAGAAUCAUUCUCUGUCAUCCGUGGAAUACAUUGGCUCAUCAUUUUCUUUCACUCCUGUGAGAAUGUUAAUAUCAGCCUUUAGAAACAGAUGGCCUUGGGCAGAGGACAUGGCCAGCUGGAUAAUAUAUAUAUUCCUAGACCUGUCUCAAAGGAAGAGACUUUUGACACGCCCCCUGAUGUGACUGACACUGUAUAUUUUUAAGCUACAUUUAUGCACCAAUGGCAUUUGGGAGGUCUUGGAAUGAAAAAUGUAUGACAUAACCAGGUCCCUUUGGAGGUAAAUUCAUUUAAGCAGAAAUAUUCACUUGGGGGAUUUCACACAUAGUUGACAUAUAAAGUGGGCUAACUACAUUGUUGGUUCCUAUUCUGUCGAGAUGAUGUUUAUUAAGUGGGUUUGACAUAAUGUCAGUCGGUCCCAAUAGAAUUUAAAUGCUCAAAUCAAAUUUCCAUACAUACCAUCUACAGGACAAACUUCUUAGCAUGUUUGUUCCUCACAGAAUUGUAGGUUGUGUGUUUGCAUCAGUCUGUCAGUCUAAUGAUGUUUACUAUAACAUUUGCAUUAUCGAUCUGUCUUGAUUCUAAACCAGCAUUUAUAGAUCCUUUAUAAACAAAUCACAGGUUUUAUCUGCUGGCCACCACAUAAAUCUUAAAGAGACUUGAAAAUCAUUGGCCAUGGGCGUCUUGUUCGAUUAAACUCAUUGUGUCUUUGGAGACGUGGUGGCUUAGGGACAAACUGUGGAAAAUAUUUAACAGUCAAUCAUGUGGUCAUCAUCUGCUCAGUGCCCUGGAGAGAACUCAUUAGUGACAUUUAACUUUCACUCAGGCAAAAGGGAAUAUGACUGUUUCAGUGUUGUGUUUGCUUUACUGUUUUUGCUACAGGCUACUGUAGUCCCUCUGGGAUUUUUGUUUAUUUUUUACUGGAUGACAUCUUUACUUUUGUGAAGACACUCAAUCUGCAAACAAUCUGCACAAAUAAAGAAUUGAUAACUAAA